AUGACCAGCCAAUCUCAGGGGAUCCACCAGCUCCUUCAGGCAGAAAAAAGGGCCAAGGACAAAUUAGAUGAAGCAAAAAAGAGAAAAGGGAAGAGAUUAAAACAAGCCAAGGAAGAAGCAAUGGCAGAAAUUGACCAGUUCCGAAUGCAGAAAGAUAAAGAGUUUCAGCUGAAACAAUCUAAAAUAAUGGGCUCUCAGAGUAAUCUCGCAGAAGAAAUAGAAACACAAACACUAGAGAAGAUACAAGAACUGAAGGGAAGCUACAAGAAAUUCACAGAAAGUGUGAUGAACCAGCUUCUGAACAUGGUCUAUGACAUGAAACCAGAAAUCCACGUGAACUACAGACCCACUAACUAA